CUUGCCUCAAACCAUGGCUGGCCAGCACAACGAGACGGGAAAGGACGGGAGCUUUACCAGCGAGGACCUGGCGGCUGAAGCCAUGGCCGCAGACAUGGACUCCUGGGUGGUCUUUGACGCCCGCAAGACCCCCAAGGCUGAAUUUGAGGAAUGGCUCCAGACUUACCAGCCCUCCCGCGUCUCUCGCUAUGGCAACCCGGAAUGCAACACUGAGCCGGUGGGCUGGAUUGCCAUCUACGGCCCCAGCUUCUGUCCAGAGUCUGGUGAUGUCAUUGGGCUUCAGGAGGACUGGGAAUGCUUGCAGCUGAGUGGGCGCCACGUGACUUUCGAGUCCAUCAAGGAGCUGGCCCUUAACAGGCGUGUCCUGACCGGCAAGUGGCUGAUGCACCUGGACAGCGGCUUCAAAGUGGAUAACGCUUGGUACGGCAUCGCCCGGGCCGUCCUCGAAGGGCGUGUCGGGGUGGCCAAGGUGAGCCCCUGCUGCCCCGACUCAGAGCGCAAGCACGUGAUCUGCGUGUACACCGACGACUUCACCAACGAAGAAGAGGUGCUGGUGGCCGAUUCCGUGAUCCGGGCCACGGGGAUCAAGUGCCUCCUCUCCUACAAGCCCGAUGCUUACACCUACUUGGGUAUCUACCGCGACAACCGCUGGCACCUCUGCCCCACCAUUUACGAAAGCCGGUUCGAUUUGGAAUGCGUCCCUCGUCGCUCGCGUGUCCUCAACAAGGUGACCAACAGCGAAGUGACUUAAACUCCACUUCCAGGAGGCGUGACGCUCCCGGGGGAAACCACAUGAAGGCUGGGGGGGGGGGGCGACUACAAAUCCCACCCCUGCGGUGUUGACUCUUCUUUUCUCAGAGGAGGUAGAUUUGCCCAUUCUGCCUCCGUCAUGGGGCUCUUUGUGGUGGCCAAGCAGCUUUUUUGGUGACGCUACUCGAGUGGACGUCUGCAUUUAUCAUUUAAACCGCUAAAAACUAUGCGAACUGAUCGGCUUUGUAAAAGCCAAAGGAGCCCAACAGAUGAUCACUAGCGAUCCCCCACCUUUUUUCCCCCUUCUCUCAACAGAAUGGCUCGACUACAGCAGAAUGAUUUGCUGCUGUGUUUAGUUCCUGCCCAUCGAGGGGAGGGUUGGGGUUGAGGGGAGAUACCAGAAUCUGAAGGCAGCAUCGAAGAAAAGGGUGGAAAAAUUAGUUUUGAUGCAGGCGUGAAAUGAAAACGCCAGGGCAAAGAGGUAAGCUGUUUUUUCCUUUCCGGUCUUUUGCUCAGAAAGUCAUUGAAUUUUAUUUCUGUGGCUCUUGGCUGCGUUCGCCUGUAACGGGACUGAAAAUAAAAAGGCAUUCUCUUUCCGCCCCCAUUCCCAUUCCGUGAUGGUUUGCUUUCGGAGUUUGUAGAUGAAGCCAACUUUCAAAAAGCACCUUUGAGGGGAACCAAGGUUGCAAAAGGUUUGGGGAAGUCCUCAGCUCUUGGUGUCAGAAAGUGUCUCUUUGGCUGUUUCAGGAGCAGAGAGAACGAAGAGAGGCCCUACGGUUUUGCAAUCAGGAGACAUAAGUUUUCUUCUAAUGGGCUGAAAAGGGUAAAAACUGAACGCUGAACUGGAAAUUGGGUCUCUUUGACUAUCACACCUCUGCUAUAUUAAGUAGGUAGCUCUAGAGCAGGGUUUCACAACCAUGGCAACUUUUAAAAUGG